CUCAAAUGGGCGCUUCGAAGCUUCGUCCCCCGUUUUUGCAAAAAAUGUAAAAAAAGGAAACGCGCGGUUGAAGAGGUGAAGAAGGGAUACGAGGCGAAGACGCAAGAAAGCCGCUUAAACUGAGCCGCUCAAUCUGAGUCGCUCAAUCCGGGCCGCUUAAUCCGAAGCUUACGCCCAGAGAGGAGGGAUGCAUCCCCCCCCAUGUGCGCCCCCAUCAGACGAACUCUCCAAAAGUAUAAGACCCUCACAGGGGACGCGCAAAUAAAAUGAAAGCGCUCGUGCCUUUCUACAUGUCCACCUGUCUGUUCGUAACAUCUGUCCUUUUCAACAACUCCUCGUUUUACCUCCUCCCGUGUGAUGCCUUUCCAUUUGGGGUUUCCGAAAACAAGUACAUUCAGGCCUUCCCCGAUUUUCACCUCUUCUACGAGUAUGUGGACGUCAGGAGCGAUGACUUCCCCCCCGAGUUGCUCCACGCGCAGAAGGAGGAGAAGAGAAGCAGAAAAGUGCUAUUUCAGUCCGAUAAAAUAGUCCUUUAUAAAAAUUGUGUAGUAAGUAGCGGGGUAAAUCAUGAAAAGAACGGCGUGCCCCAUUACGUAGAGGAUUAUCCCCAGGGGAGAGGUACAAACUGCAUCCGUACCGAUGGGGAAGGAAUCCCAAGCGAACUGCUCCAGAACAGGUGUGCCGCAAUGGGGUUGAGAAUUUCUGAGCGGCUGAGUCAGAUGUUCAGUUGGUGCCUCCCCGACUGCGUCAACAAUAGGAAUGGAUUUGAACCAAUCCAUUUUGGUUUCCCGGAUGCUUCCUUGUUUGGAGGAAAGCGAAUUCUCACGUGUGGAGACCACUCCGAUCGCCGUAAGGUAGACCGGCAACUCAGCAACAGUAGCGAUGCGUGGAGGAAGGACAGCACAGAGGUUGAGCCGUCCCCUUCUAACCAGAUGUGCCAGAGUAGCCACUUGAAUUUGAUCCAAGAAAUUUACGAAUACGAGAUUUACCCCUUUAUGAAGGGACUCCUCACGAAGAACGUGCGCAGAAAAAAACCCCAUGUUAUAAACAAAUCGGAGACAUAUUUUUCGGACUGCACAGGAGGGAUUUCCUCCCCAGGAGGGGAAAACACUGAAGGAGGGGAACAGAUGGUGCUGUACCACUCCUCCGGUGAACAUCAAAACGAUAUCAUCAAUCAGUCCAAACGGAUCAACAGGAAAAAGAAGAAGAAGCAUGCAAAAGGGGGAACGGAAAAGAAACCCGAUGGGGUGGCAAAUACUCGCAAAACGGGAAAUAAUUCUGACCCGGAACAAGAUGAAGAUAACAGUGAUGUUCACACCCCUGCAGAAGGAAAUCACAUCUACAGCAUAAAGAAGAAGGUGCCGCACAACUCUACCUUCGCGAACAUUUUAAAGAAAUACAUUCAGUAUAAACACCUUUCUGAUGGACUGGUCAAGGUGGGAGAAGAGGGGGGAUUUUCUUGCCACCCCGAGGGGAAGGCAAAGAGCCGCUUCACCCCCUUUCUGGAGCAGCAUUACGGGAAAAGCAGCACGAGUGAAAAAAAGGGGCAGAAAAAAUAUAGCCACAAAGAACGCACCUGCUUUAUUAACAAAAGGGCUAUUAUCAUUCUGGAUCAUUUGAAAAAAGAAACCUCCUAUCUGGUCGUCUCCUACGUAGUCGAGGAAGAAACGGCUCAGCUGCGAAACUUCACGGAGUAUUUAGUCCCCCUGAAGGUGCCUGUAUACAAGCGAAGUUUUAUGGACCCCCCUGAGGAAGGCAGUCACUCCAAACAGCAGGAACAGAUCGAUGCAUACAUUUCGCCCAACUGGGAUAAGCCCCAUCGGGAGGAGGACAUUUGCUACUAUAACUAUGGAGACAACUGUAUGGAUUAUUUAAAGAACCUUUUUUUGAGAACAUGCAAGGUGGUCGUGCACCCUGAUGGGGAUGUGAAUACGCGGAGGGAGUUCUUCCACGUGAUGAACCCGGUAGGGAGGAAGUGCCUCAUAAAUGAGCACCAUAGGUGUGUGCAGGGGAAACAAACAGAAUUACCAGGAGGGGCAGACAAGCGGAGCGAGGAGGAUCACCACAAAAGGGGUCAUUCACACGGAAGGGUGGCGACAAAAUGGGGGGAGAACCAUUUAUCGCGGCUGUAUUCCCAUUUGGCCCGCAUGAAAGGCUUUCACUGUUUCAACCGCCAGCUAUUUCGCCUAUUUCAGGUGCACAGAGGGAAGUUAGACGGGGAAGAUGAUCCUACGCUGGGGCUGCACCCCGAUAGGGCGUGGGAGCUGUGCAGAAGCGGAGCAAACGACGCCAUCAAUGUGGGCAACGUGAGCAACGCGAGCAAAGCGAGCAGUGGAAACACCUCCAGCAACUUGGCUAAUACGGCUAACACCGCCAAUAUCGCUAACACCGCCAACCACGCCAACCACGCCAACCACGCCAACCACGCCAACCACGCCAACCACGCCAACCACGCCAACCACGCCAACCACGCCAACCACGCCAACACCGCCAACCACGCCAACACCGCCAACACCGCUAAUAGCGCUGACUACAUAGUGAGCACGUACGCCGGGUCCGAGGGGGGGUUCCACUACUACCUGAUCAACUACAACAACCAGAACUACAUUUUCGAGGUGAGCGCCCGCGGAGAGCUGUAUGGCGGGCCGCCCACGAACAAUAGAAAAAACAGAGAACACAUGACGGACGCAGAAAAGGCCAUAAUAAAAAAUAUGAAGAAAUACAUGAAGGAAGGAAGCAACUUUUCCGUGUACAUUGACCACAUGCCUCCCCCAGAAGUGUACCAAAAUAACUGCAAAAAAUUUAACACCAUAAAAUGGGCAUUAAUACUCUUCUUCAUACCAGCCUGGCUAUUACUAAAUGUGGUCUACAUAGUGUAUGUGCAAAAUGUGUGGAGACAGAUGUUGAACCCGUUGUAUAGACUGAUGUUGUCUCCCUCUAUCAUUCGACUGGUAUCCUACAUCAUGCUGCUACUUUUCUGCAUGCUCCAAUAUCCAUACAAUAAUAGUCGCUAUGUGGAGUAUACCAUUUUGGCCUAUAUGGCUCUGAACACCAUGUUCAAUACGAUCUUCUAUGGCAACCUCAUUCUUAUCAGUAAGGGGUACAUGAUAACAAGGGGCCAAUUCAGCAAAAGGGAAAACCUAACCCUAACCCUAAUUAUUAGCAGCAUAUACAUUUUAACAUCCUUUAACCAGCUAAAUGUAAUUAAUGAUACCCCCAUUUUGAUCUUUAUCAAUAUGAGCUUGCUACUGGUACUUGUCAUCAACAUCCUAUCGAUUCAAAAUUUUUUAAAAGUGAAGCUUUCCUUUGUUAGAAGUGUACGCAUGAUGAAUUCCUGGGAAGAAUCUCUGAAGAUCAAAUUGGGCAUGUAUAAAUUGUACCUACUUAUCAUUGUUAGCUUCUUCACUUUGGAAAUUAUUCUUCAUUUGCUAAAAGCCAUGUUUAAUUUUUUAACGGGGACUGUCAUUCUGAUUGAAUACGCCUUCGAGCUGAUUAUGUGGUGCUGCGUGUUGUACGUUUUUAGGCACCGGGGGAACGUGUUGUACUUUUCUCUCCUCUAUGACAAUUUGACUUUUAAUAUAAUGCCUCUCUACGUGGUUAAGACGAGCGACCACCUGUUGGACACGAUGAGCGAGAGGCACUCCACUUUCGGGGGCGCCCACUUCCCCAUUUUUAUUUUAAACCCCCGGGAGCACACCGACCAGAGUUACCUCUCGCGCAUGGCCGUGGGCUGGCCCCUCCUCGCGCACCACGGGAAGAGGUACCUCUGA